AUGGGCAAAGCCCUCUGCCCCCUGACCGCAGGCUCCCCGCACUUCCCCGAUGCUGGAUCCUGGUGGCGCGACCCUCCCUCUCCGGCUGCAGCGGCGGACUCGCCCUGGGAUGUUGCGGGAAUCGCGGCUUGGCAGAAGCACCUGGAGGAAGAGACGGCGCUGAGCCCCCUGGACGGGGGCGGCGGGGAGCUGCCGCUGGUGGAGGACCCUGAGCUGGAGGCCAUCAAGGCCAAGGUCCGGGAGAUGGAGAAGGAGGACGAGUGGCUGCAGGAGCUGCAGGCCGAAGCCAAGACCUUCAUCCUGCGAUCAGACCCAGGUCUGUCUGUACACAGGACAGCGGAGGAGAAGAUCGAGGUUGACCAGCGCUCCAUCUACGUGGGAAAUGUGGAUUACGGAGGGUCCGCAGAAGAGCUUGAGGCCCACUUCAGCGCCUGUGGCCAGAUCAACCGGGUGACCAUCCUGUGCGACAAGUUCUCCGGCCACCCGAAAGGGUACGCCUACAUCGAGUUUGCGGACGGGGCCUCUGUGAAGGCGGCUGUGCGGCUGGAUGAGAGCACGUUCCGAGGCCGCGCCAUCAAGGUGCUGCCCAAGCGGACCAAUAUGCCUGGGAUCAGCUCCACGGACCGUGGCAGGUCCCAGGGGCGCUUUCACGGCCGGGGGGCCCUUGCUCGCCGGGCCGGCUUCUGUGGAAGGGGGCAGCGGUCCAGGACCCGCGGACGGGCGCACAGGGGCCGUGGAAGGCUGUCCCCUUGGUACACACCGUACUAA